CCAGGGCCCCCCGCGCCCCCCGCGCCCCCCGGCGCCCGCACCGCCACCAUGUCGCUGCUCUGCGUCGGAGUUAAAAAGGCCAAGUAUGAUGGGCCCCAAGAGAAGUUUAACACCUAUGUGACCCUGAAGGUGCAAAAUGUCAAGAGCACAACCAUAGCGGUGCGGGGCAACCUGCCCUCCUGGGAGCAGGACUUCAUGUUUGAGAUCAAUCGGCUGGACUUGGGCCUGACUGUGGAGGUGUGGAACAAGGGGCUCAUCUGGGACACCAUGGUGGGCACGGUGUGGAUCCCCCUCCGGACCAUCAGACAGUCCAAUGAGGAGGGCCCUGGGGAAUGGCUCACGCUCGACUCCCAGGUCAUCAUGACUGACAAUGAGAUUUCAGGCACCAAGGAUCCGACUUUCCACCGCAUCCUCCUCGACACCCGCUUCGAGCUGCCGCUGGAUAUCCCUGAGGAGGAGGCCAGGUACUGGGCCAAGAAACUGGAGCAGCUCAACGCCAUGCGGGACCAGGAUGAUUAUGCCUUCCAAGAGGAGCAGGAAAAGCCACUGCCUGUGCAUGGCUCACAGUGCUGCAACUGGAAUUAUUUUGGCUGGGGAGAACAGCAGAACGAUGACCCCGACAGUACCGUGGAUGACCGGGACAGUGACUAUCGCAGCGAGACCAGCAACAGCAUCCCCCCACCCUACUACACCACGUCCCAGCCCAACGCCUCCGUGCACCAGUACCCCAUGAGGCACCAGCAGCAGAGCUCCCGUGACUCCUACACCGACUCCAUGCAGAGCUACGAGAUGGACUACUCGGACCAGGCUCCCAUCAGCCCCACAGGGAGCAGCCGCUACGCCUCAUCGGCCGAGCUGAGCCAGGGCAGCUCCCAGCUGAGCGAGGACUUCGAGAACGAGAGCCUGAGGGACUCGGAGCUGGACGAGAGGGACGGGGACUCCUACCACUCCUGCCACAGCUCCGUCAGCUACCGCAAGGACUCGCCACGCUGGGAGGAGGAGGAUGAUGAUGAUCUCUACCUGGAGGAGGAGGAGGAAGAGUUCAUCGAGGAUUACAGUGAGACUGAGGAAGGCUACCCCAAGGAAGAGGAGUUGGAAGAGGAGGAGGAGGAACUGCGGGAGCAGGACACCUAUGAACCCCCUGAGCAUGAAACGUACCCACCGCCACAGAAACCCCUGCCACAGCAGCAGCAGCAGCAACAGGUCCCGCAGCAGCAGCAGCAACAGCAGCAACAGCAGCAACCCCAGCUGGUCCCACAGCAGAAACCUCAGCAGCAGGAAAGGAAGGAGGAGAGGAAAGAGGAGAGGAAAGAGGAGAGGAAGGAGGAGAAGGACACCUCUGCCCCCCAGGAACCCCCUGAGGCCCUCCAGGCCCAGCGGGCAGAGGAGGAAGUUCCCAUGCAAGAGGCAGCCCCGGAGACUGAGCCCUCAAAACCAGCUGAGAGGGAGCCGUCAGAAGAGGAGGUGCAGGACCCCAAAGCACGAGCCAAAGCCAACUGGCUGAGAGCCUUCAACAAGGUCUGCAUGCAGCUGCAGGAGGCCCGCGGGGAAGGUGAUGGAGAGAAAUCCCUGUGGUUCAAAGGCGGGCCUGGUGGUGGGCUGAUCAUUAUAGACAGCAUGCCGGACAUUCGCAAGCGAAAACCCAUCCCCCUAGUUAGCGAUUUGGCCAUGUCCCUGGUCCAGUCCAGGAAAGCGGGAAUCACGUCCGCGCUGGCCUCGAGCACCUUGAACAAUGAGGAGCUGAAAAACCAUGUUUACAAGAAGACCCUGCAAGCCUUAGUGUACCCCAUCUCCUGCACAACGCCCCACAACUUCGAGGUGUGGACGGCCACCACCCCCACGUACUGCUACGAGUGUGAGGGGCUGCUGUGGGGCAUCGCCCGGCAGGGCAUGCGCUGUGCCGAGUGCGGCGUCAAGUGCCACGAGAAGUGCCAGGACCUGCUCAACGCUGACUGCCUGCAGAGGGCGGCGGAGAAGAGCUCCAAGCAUGGAGCAGAGGACCGGACCCAGAACAUCAUCAUGGUGCUCAAGGACCGCAUGAAGAUCCGGGAGCGCAACAAACCAGAGAUAUUUGAGCUGAUCCAGGAGGUGUUUGGGGUCAACAAGACCACGCACACGCAGCAGAUGAAGGCGGUCAAGCAGAGUGUCCUGGAUGGCACCUCCAAAUGGUCAGCCAAGAUCAGCAUCACGGUGGUCUGUGCCCAGGGCCUGCAAGCAAAGGAUAAGACGGGUUCCAGUGACCCCUAUGUCACUGUGCAGGUUGGAAAGACAAAAAAAAGGACAAAAACUAUCUACGGCAAUCUCAACCCAGUCUGGGAGGAGAAUUUCCAUUUCGAGUGCCAUAACUCCUCUGACCGCAUCAAGGUCCGAGUGUGGGACGAGGACGAUGACAUCAAGUCCCGUGUCAAGCAACGCUUCAAGAGGGAAUCCGAUGACUUCCUGGGCCAGACCAUCAUCGAGGUCCGGACCCUGAGCGGGGAGAUGGACGUCUGGUACAACCUCGACAAGCGCACAGACAAGUCAGCGGUGUCGGGAGCCAUCCGGCUGCACAUCAGCGUGGAGAUCAAGGGCGAGGAGAAGGUGGCUCCCUACCAUGUCCAGUACACCUGCCUGCACGAGAACUUGUUCCACUUUGUGACGGAUUUGCAAAACAACGGGGUGGUGAAGAUCCCCGAUGCCAAGGGGGAUGAUGCAUGGAAGGUCUACUUCGAUGAGACAGCACAGGAGAUUGUGGAUGAGUUUGCCAUGCGCUAUGGGGUGGAGUCCAUUUACCAGGCCAUGACGCAUUUUGCCUGCCUCUCCUCCAAGUACAUGUGCCCCGGGGUGCCGGCGGUGAUGAGCACCCUGCUGGCCAACAUCAACGCCUACUACGCCCACACCACCUCCUCCAGCAACGCCAACGCCUCCGACCGCUUUGCCGCCUCCAAUUUCGGGAAAGAUCGCUUUGUCAAACUCCUGGACCAGCUGCACAACUCCCUGCGCAUCGACCUCUCCAUGUACCGGAACAACUUCCCUGCCAGCAGCCCCGAACGGCUGCAGGACUUGAAAUCCACAGUGGAUUUGCUGACCAGCAUCACCUUCUUUCGGAUGAAGGUCCAGGAGCUGCAGAGCCCCCCACGAGCCAGCCAGGUGGUGAAGGACUGUGUGAAGGCCUGUCUCAACUCCACCUACGAGUACAUCUUCAACAACUGCCACGAGCUCUACAGCCGCGAGUACCAGACAGACCCGACUAAGAAAGGCGAGGUGCCCCCUGAGGAGCAGGGCCCCAGCAUCAAAAACCUGGAUUUCUGGUCCAAGCUCAUCACCCUGAUCGUCUCCAUUAUCGAGGAAGACAAGAACUCCUACACGCCCUGCCUGAACCAGUUCCCCCAGGAGCUGAACGUGGGGAAGAUCAGCGCUGAGGUGAUGUGGAACCUCUUUGCUCAGGACAUGAAGUAUGCAAUGGAAGAGCACGAGAAGCACCGCCUGUGCAAGAGCGCCGACUACAUGAACCUGCACUUCAAGGUGAAGUGGCUGUACAACGAGUACGUCACCGAGCUGCCCUCCUUCAAGAGCCGCGUGCCCGAGUACCCCGCCUGGUUCGAGCCCUUCGUUAUCCAGUGGCUGGAUGAGAAUGAGGAGGUGUCACGGGAUUUCCUGCACGGAGCGCUGGAGCGGGACAAGAAGGAUGGGUUCCAGCAGACCUCGGAGCACGCGCUCUUCUCCUGCUCCGUGGUGGACGUUUUCUCCCAGCUCAACCAGAGCUUUGAGAUCAUCAAGAAGCUGGAGUGCCCCGAUCCCCAGAUUGUGGGGCACUACAUGCGACGGUUUGCCAAGACCAUCAGCAAUGUGCUGCUCCAGUACGCUGAGAUCAUCUCCAAGGAUUUUGCCUCGUACUGCUCCAAGGAGAAGGAGAAAGUGCCCUGCAUCCUGAUGAACAACAUCCAGCAGCUCCGUGUCCAGCUUGAGAAGAUGUUUGAAGCCAUGGGUGGGAAGGACCUGGACACAGAAGCCAGCGAUAUCCUGAAGGAACUGCAGGUGAAACUUAACAACGUCCUGGAUGAUCUGAGCCGAGUCUUUGCCACCAGUUUCCAGCCACACAUCGAGGAGUGUGUGAAGCAGAUGGGUGACAUCCUGAGCCAGGUGAAGGGCACCGGCAACGUCCCCGCCAGCACCUGCAGCAGCGUCGCGCAGGACGCCGACAAUGUCCUGCAGCCCAUCAUGGACCUGCUGGACAGCAAUCUGACGCUCUUCGCCAAGAUCUGCGAGAAGACGGUGCUGAAGCGGGUGCUGAAGGAGCUCUGGAAGCUGGUGAUGAACACCAUGGAGAAGACCAUCGUCCUACCCCCACUCACGGACCAGACGAUGAUUGGCACGCUCUUGAGAAAACAUGGCAAGGGGACAGAGAAGAGCAGGGUGAAGCUGCCCAGUCACACUGAAGGCACACAGAUGAUUUUCAACGCGGCCAAGGAGCUGGGGCAGCUUUCCAAGCUGAAGGACCACAUGGUGCGUGAGGAAGCUAAGAGCCUGACCCCGAAACAGUGUGCGGUGGUGGAGCUGGCACUGGACACAAUCAAGCAAUACUUCCACGCCGGCGGCGUGGGGCUGAAGAAAACGUUCCUGGAGAAGAGUCCUGACCUGCAGUCGCUGCGCUAUGCCCUGUCUCUCUACACCCAGGCCACAGAUCUCCUCAUCAAAACCUUUGUGCAGACCCAGUCGUCACAGGGCUCUGGCGUGGAUGACCCCGUUGGUGAGGUGUCCAUCCACGUGGAGCUCUUGACCCACCCCAGUGGCGAGCACAAAGUCACCGUCAAAGUGGUGGCUGCCAAUGACCUCAAGUGGCAGACCUCGGGCAUCUUCCGGCCCUUCAUCGAGGUCAACAUCAUCGGGCCCCACCUCAGUGACAAGAAGAGGAAAUUCGCUACCAAAUCCAAGAACAACAGCUGGGCCCCCAAGUACAACGAGAGCUUCCAGUUCACGCUGGGGACGGAGACGGGCCCCGAGUGCUACGAGCUGCAGGUGUGUGUGAAGGAUUACUGCUUUGCCCGGGAGGACCGCACCGUGGGCAUCGCCGUGCUGCAGCUCCGGGACAUCCUGCAGCGCCCCGGCUGCGCCUGCUGGCUGCCCCUGGGCCGCCGCAUCCACAUGGACGACACCGGGCUCACCGUGCUCCGCAUCCUCUCCCAGCGCAACAACGACGAGGUGGCCAAGGAGUUCGUCAAGCUCAAGUCGGACACGCGCUCGGCCGAGGAGGGCAGCAGUUAAAGUCCUUCGGCCCGCAGCCCUCGCCUCCCACUCCCGGCCCCCCGACAGAAUCCUCUAGCCGUGUAUAAGCCAUAGGAGUGGCCACAGAGGAGUCGCUGCCCCGGCCCUGGGGAGGGGGUGCUGUGGCUGCGGGGGUGCUGUGGCUGCGGUGACAGACUCUCCCCUCCCUCCCCGGCCCCGGUGCCGGCGGUGCCGAGCACAGCCAGGCCCCGUCGCACCCCGCAGGAGGCUGCUGGGCUUGGGCGGGCUGCAGGGAAGGGCUGGAGCAGAGCCUGGGCCAGGGGAGCCAUCCGCCCCUCCCCAGCCUGGCUGAGACGGGGGAACCCCAGCGGCCCAUCCCUGAACCUCCAUGUCCCACCCAGCCCCAGACCUCACCGAGUGACACAAGGGAGGGGCUGCGGAGGGUGCGUGUGUCCCGUGCCGUGCGCGGGUGCGGGUGAGUGGCCGGCACAGCGUGGUGGCCCCUUGUCCCCAUCCCUGAGCGUGGGGGUGUGUCCUGAGGGCAGGGCAGCUGCCAGCCCUGAGCACAUAUGUGUACAUAUGUAAAUACCUGUACAUACAGGGCAGCCGGGCAGGCUGUGUCUUGCACCCGGAAGGGCUAUUGGGGCUGUUGGAUUGAGGGGUGCAGCCCCCACGGGCCCUGCACAGGGUCCCCUCCCUGGCUGGCAGCAGCGUCAGCAGGGUCGGGAGCAGCCCCCGGCCCGUAUCCUGUCUUCCCUGCCUUGCUGCCGCCGUGGGCUCCCCCGCUGCCCCCCGCAAGGUGCCAGGGCUUGGGGAGACGGGGCCGGGGGCACCAGAGCAGAGGAACUCGUUCCUCUGUGCUCUGGCCGAUGGGGACCAGCGUCCCUGAGCAGCGCAGCCCGCGGCAUCUCCUUGGCGCAAGCAAAACCCUUCCCACCCCGCCCCAGAGAAGCCCUCCCUCCAGUCCCCCAGUAAGCACCAGUUCUGUGCCCCCCGGUUCCCCAGUGAGCACCGUUUCUGUGUGCCAAGUGGUGUGCAUGUCUCGUGCGAGUGCCUGGGAGGCCUGCGUGUGUGGUGUCGGGGUGGCCGCCUCAGCUGGCCGGUUUGCCCCGAGUCCUGGGGCAGACAGAGGCCUCAUGACCCCACAAGUCAAUACAGCUCUCUCAGCCCCCUCCCCUCCCAAAACAGGGUACCCCCACUGGCCCCCACGCUCCUUUGCCUGGGACCAAAGGGUUUCACUUUGCUCUCUGGUUUCUGUUCAAUGUUUACACCCCUUUUUCUACCGGCUGCUCCUGCGCAGCCAGGCUGGGGCUCGGCCCCGCAGCCCGACCGUGGUGCCCCUGGCCCUGUGCCCCCUCCCCUGUUUGGCAUGUGAUUGAACUGACCGGUUCUGCUCCUGUAGCACAGUGUCACCGAUGCCUGUGUGUCUGUCCCGCCCGUGGCGGCGGCUCCCAUGGAUGCAUGACAGUGAGAUGUUUUGCACUAUUUUGAAAUUUUUGGGCUCUGUAAAAAUAUUUUAUUAUAACUGACAUUAAAAA